AUGCAGCUCCUCCGCCACGAAACCGCCGUGAUCCGCCCCAUCAAACCCCCGUUCGAUCACGACCACACCCUCCCUCUCUCCCACCUCGACACCGACCGCAACCUCCUCGUCACUCUCCGCUACCUCCGCAUCUACCCCGGCAGCCGCCACAACCAAUCCGAUCCCUUCCACGUCAUCACCGCCGCCCUCUCCGCCGCCCUCCUCCCCUACUACCCCCUCGCCGGCACCCUCCGCCGCCGCCCCUCCGACCACCGCCUCGAGCUCCACUGCCGCGCCGGCGACGGAUUGCCGGUCAUCCUCGCCGUCGCCGGCGGUACCUUGGCCGCCGGCGCCGGCGACGGCGGCGACGAUCCCUCAUUCAUGGACCAGCUGGCGCCCGACCCGGAUCCGGGAUCCGACCCGAUCCGGCCCAUGGUUCUUCAGAUCACCAGAUUCAGCUGCGGCGGGUUCGUGCUCGGGGCAAGUGUUCACCACGCUAUCUGCGAUGGGUUCGGCGCCACCCUGUUUUUCAGCGCAGUGGCGGAGGCCGCACGCGGGGUGGGUGGGGCCGGGGUGGUGGAUCCGGUUUGGGAUCGGUCCGUGUUGCUCGGGCCCCGGAGCCCGCCCCGUGUCGAGUACCCGAUUCGGGAGUUGUUGAGCUUGGAUAGGGGUUUUUCGCCGUAUGCGGGUUCGGGUAAACGGGUCGUGAAGGAGUAUUUGAAUGUGGAGGGGGCGUGGUUGGGUCGGGUCAAGGAGAUGUGGUACAAGCAAUCCGGGUUGAAAUUUACCACUUUUGAAGCGUUGGGUGCUCUUAUUUGGAGUUCAAGGAUCAAAGCCGAUAAACUCCCUCCAAAUGAAAAAGUGACCUUUGCAUAUUCGAUCAGCAUCAGAAACAUAGUGAAUCCACCUCUCCCGGCCGGCUAUUGGGGCAACAGCUGCGUCCCGAUGUUCGUGCACCUCACGGCAGGGGAGGUGGCGGGGCAGCCCGUGUGGAAGACCGCGGCAGCCAUCAAGGGGAGCAAGCAGCAUGCCACGGCCGAGUAUGUGGCGUCCUACGUGGACUUCCAGGAGCUGCAUUAUGAUGAAGGGAUUAACGGCGGGAGGAGGGUGAGUGGGUUCACCGAUUGGCGCCACUUGGGCCAUUCCGCGGUCGACUUCGGGUGGGGCGGGCCGACAGCAGUGGUGCCACUGUCGUCGCGCCUCCUCGGGAGCGUGGAGCCGUGCUUUUUCCUUCCCGGGAAGGAGGGGAUGGUGAAGGUGUUGGUGCAUUUGGAGGAGGGUGUGGUGUUGGGUUUUAGGGGAGAAAUGGACAAGUUGAGGAACAUGGAAAAUGGAUUAUUGUCUCCAAUUUGAUUGUAUUUAUCUUAGAUAAUGUAAGGGAAUAUUGUGUGCGAUGGAUGGAUUGUUUGUUGACG